CUCCUGGUGGUUGUGUUGUUACUUUGUGAUCAUUUUGUGUCUCUUUUAGGUAGUGUUGGCCCUAUUUAUAGUAAAUUAGUGUUACUUGGCAGCUCCCUUGCAUCUCUCAUCGUCUUUUUGUGUGUAUUUUAGGUCACUUUGAGUCUCUUGCUGGUCAGCACAUGUUAAUUUGAGUGAUAUUCUUCAGGUGGCACCAUAGGAAGGCCUCACACUUGGGGCCCAUGGGCCUGUGCGUGGUAGGCCCAUUCAGUAAUUCAUCCAAAUAUGCAAACUAAUUAAAUUACAGAUAUAAAAAUGAAUUUAACAACUUUAAAAAUUCCUUUAAGACCUUUAGGACCAAGUUUAUUAAUUAAAUUAGUGUUUAUGAAAUGUGUUGCCCCACCUAUUGUUUUUCUAACAGCUAUAUAAGUUAUGUCUUGGGUUUUUAAAUGUGAUGAGUCACUCAGCAAAUAAAGCCCUAAUCCUGCUUUCUGGCACAGGUACCAGGAUUAUGCAUGACAAGAUAAAAACAUACACACGCCCUCACUGAACCUGGCUGUCCCCUGAGGCUGUGUCUCACCUGUGCCACAGUUGCAUGUUAUUAGAGAUAAGCAGUGUGUUUAUAUGGAAUAGCAAUAAAAUGCGUGGCAUGACAGGAAUUGACAUGGACAUGACGAUAGGAGCGGCACUUGAAGGUGUUGGAUAAGCCCUGUGGCCGCGGGGCAAGACGUGAGAGUAAUUAAUCAGAUGAAACUAAUUACACCUGUCUCUUUGUCCAAUUACUGCACCUUGAGGUGAGCGAGCUGUAUGUCCUGCAGAAAGAGGAACGCAUGUCCACUUAAUGAUUUCAAACUCUCUGUAUUUAAACUACCCAUACAGUUCAUCUUUAGACACGAUAAAGACAGGUCCAACGCUCCUGAGACUUGCCUCUGAUUUUUGUUUUGUGACGUACAAUCUCCGUUUGGUCGCAACACCAUGAAAACUAUCGCUGAACAGCUGUUCCGGAGCCGCAUCAAACAUUUCUCGAGGUAAAUUUGUGGUGAUGCAUUUACAAUGAGGAGGAUUUUUGUUACACUUUUUGUUAAAUCAACUUUGCUCUUUGCUACCAUUUAAGACUGCAGGGCUUUAUUACUUAAACUACAGUAUUAAAGGGACAGUUCACCAUAAAAUCAAAAGUACAUAUUUUUACUCUUGCUUGUAGUGCUAUUUUUCAGUCUGAAUUAUUUUGGUCUGAGUUGCCCAGUGUUGGAGAUAUCGGCCAUAGCGAUGUCUGCCUUCUCUCGGUUAUAAUGGAACUAGAUGGCACUUGGCUUGUGGUGCUCAAAGCGUCCAAAAAAAUACAUUUGAAAAACUCAACAGCAAUGUCUCUUUACAGAAAUCAUGAUCAAUCAUUGCUGUUGUGAGCAGUUUCAUGUAGGAACUGUGUCUGCGCCAUUUUAGUGCACCACGGAUGCACCACUUAACAGGUAGUAGUAAAGGCAAGGAUUGCUGAUUAAAUGGAGCAUAAUCGGUCAGCCAGCCAGCCAGCAGCAGCAGCAACUGCUUAACUGUCAGCUGACAAAACAAACAACAAUGUUGGUCUACAGGGCAGAAGUCAUGGUAGCUUUCCUAGACAAAUGAUGCGCAGUGAUAUGGUUGGUGGGUGUAGUUUGGUUGAAAGAAAAUAGUUCCUACAUGAAACUGCCCACAGCAAGGUCUGUCUACAUUAUCUUGAGUAACUGGGUCAUGAUUUCAAUGGGAGUAGUAGGAAACAUCUUGUGCCCUGAGAUGAACUCGCAUUUUCAUGGAUUCUGGAGUUUUUUUUAAUGAGGGAGACAGUGGAUGCAAUUUCAAGAAAUUUUCAAUAGAUAAUUGAAUUGUGUGCAUGUGUACUUAUUAUGUUGAAACAGACUGUAGACUGCUGUCUAUGUAUGGUAACACUCCAGUGAGUUUCUUUUUUGAGACCUUCUCUACGCCCACAAUAGUAUGGAAUUAUUGCUAUUACUCUGAGACGCACUUUGACUUGUAUACGUUGUAGAAAAAGGCGAAAUGAUGUUGUGGAGGCCCAUCCGUCCAACAUUGAGACAGCAGCUGAGAUGGACAACAUCCAACAUUUGACCAGCCCUUCCUCUGGUGUGGAGGCUGUUAGCGACAGCAUUCACCAUGUGGAGACAAUGAUGGAGAGGGCCCACCAUGGCGGUGGAUGGCUCCUGUCUGGUAUCAUCUGCAUCAACAUCCUGAUCCUCGGCUGCGCUCUAGUCAGCGGCAGCGCCUUCAACAGCGUGGCCAUUACUGCUGUGCACCGGCAAAUCUUCCUCAUCAUUCUCCUCCUCCUCACGAUGCUGUGGAUGCUGUUUUACACAGUUUUCACCUCCAAAAAGGAUCAAGCAAUCUCGUUCAAAGACAGCCACGCAGGGCCUGUGUGGCUCCAAGUCUCCUCAUGGACGUCUUCAAGAUAGCCACCUAUGUGGGCUACCUUCACUGUGAUUCUGCUGUUAAAGUCGCUUUUCCCGUCGUCCAAGCUGUAUUCCUGUUUGUCCAGACAUACUUCCUCUGGGCUCAUGCAAAGGACUGUGUGCAGCUACACACAAAUUUUACAAGGUGUGGGCUUACUGUGACACUUUCAACUAACCUUGUGGUGUGGAUGGCUGCUGUGACCGAGGAAUCGAUUCACCAAACUGAGAUUCCUGAUCUAAAUGUCAGUGUCUCACACAAGAUGUACAGAGACAGCUAUGGUGGUAAAAAGUGUAAAUGCAGUCACUCAGCGUGCGACACCUUCAAAGAGGCCUUCUACUACCUGUACCCCUUCAACAUAGAGUACAGUCUCUUUGCUUCAGCUAUGGCCUACGUCAUGUGGAAAAAUGUUGGUCGGCUGGUGGACGAUCACAGUCACCACAGCAUUAAGUUCCGUCCAAAGGAUUUGUGUUUAGGACCCAUAACGGGAAUGUUCCUGGUGGUGGCAGGCCUUGUAACAUUCAUAUUGUAUGAGGUGGAUGUACUACAAGAGGACGGGAAGAAUAGAAACAAGGCCCUGCUGAUUCAUUUCAUCAUGAAUAUAGUGAUAGUGAGCCUGAUGUGUGUGUCCACUGUGAUCGGUUGCAUCAUCUACCGGCUGGACCACAGGGAGCACACAUUGAAGGAAAGCCCCUCUCACAGCCUGGAUGUGGGGCUGCUGGUGGGAGCCUCCAUGGGACAGUUUAUCAUCAGCUAUUUUACCAUCGUGGCCGUGGUGGCGACGGGAGCCAGAGGGUACCUGAACGCCCUGAACCUGUCCUGGGCCGUGCUGACGGUGCUCCAGCUCGGCCUGCAGAACUACUUCAUCAUCGAGGGCCUCCAUCGGGAGCCCUUCCACGUGAUGCAGGAAGCGGCUCUGCACACAAACGCUCACGCUCUCCAGGAACACUCAGACAUUGACAUUGUUGAGGAGAAAAGUAAAUCCAGCUACGCCCUGACAAGCCUUGAUAAGCCAAGUUGGAAGAGAAGAGUACUGAAGGAAGUCUGUGCCUUUCUUCUGUUUGCUAACAUUAUUCUGUGGAUCAUGCCUGCCUUUGGUGCUCGUCCCCAGUUCGAUCAUCACAUCGAGAUAAGGUUCUACAAAUUCGCAAUGUGGGCGGCCAUCGUGAAUAUUGGACUUCCUUUUGGAAUCUUCUACCGCAUGCACUCUGUCGCCAGCCUGUUUGAGGUGUACUUAAUUUCUUAAGACUUAUUUUUGAGUAUGGAGAGAAACUUUGUAAUGGUUGAUUUUAUUUAUUAAUUCAUACAUGCUAGUCCUCUGGUCUAAGACGGUCCAAACAUAUUAGUAAACAUAAACAACUCUGUCCCCUUUUUUUUUUUUUUUUUAAAAAACCCUCAAAUUUGUGAUGUCAUAGGGUGUGAAGUCUGGAACUGCUCCAUAGACGAUAAAGGGAGAAAACUGCUCUAGGGGAGCUCCAGGGGAGUGUUGUGAGUAAAUGGGUACAUUUUCCGUUUCAGAAGUGAGAACACAACAGGAUAAUAAAGCUAACUUGAGUAUAAAGAAGACAUUCAAAUAUUCUGUGGAUCCACAAAAUCAGUCUAGAGCAGCUCCAGAUUUUACACCCUAUGAUAUCACAAGUUUGAGACACUCUGGUUUCUGGCUUUGGGAGAGAGUAGCUCAUGUUCACAAAUAGUGAUUGAACUUUCAUAGGCCAUGAAAUUAACUU